AUGAAGUUGACUUCCAUCAUCGCUACAUUGAUAGUCGCCGUUGCUGCAGUUCCCGGCGACCCUACCGGCCACUGGUUCAAGCGAACUUGCGAAAAUAUUGAACUAAAAGCCAACCGGGGAAGAAGAGAUGGCAGCUUUUACGUCGACCUCUAUGCGAAUUGCCACCCCAAAUCAGGGGACAAAGUCGCCAACAGAAUGGAACUCGACAAAUGCCUGGGAAACCUGAACGGCGAUCUGGCGUGGAGGCAAAACGGUGGAUUCGAUUACCAGUGCAGUGGCUGCCAAAUUAUAGACACGGAGAGAGACAAACUGAUCAUGCAGUGUGACUGCAACUUGAAGAGAACUACUAUCAACCUCAACCUGGGUAUCCGCAAUGAAGAUGGUGUUCUAUGGUGUAGCUACCAGUCUGCAAGCCGGCUCAGUUAG